CUUUCCCGUCGAUUUAUAUGCCUCGCCUUUGCGGAGCAACGGAGAUCAGGGGGGAUCGAGCAAACACGCUUUGUGCCAAACACGGGGCCUCGCCGCCAUUAACUAAAUGGCAUGCGCGUCACGUUCUUGCGUCUCAUGAUUAGCGAGCGAGCUAUACAAGUAGAGGGAGGAUCGCUUGGGGCAGUGGUGGUAGCUGGCCUCCAGGCGACUGCAGAAUUGUUGGCGCCCGUGAGGUCAAUCAAGAGGGCCGGCCUUUUUUCCUUCUCUUCUAGCGGCAUUAUCCACGGGGGCUUUUGGAGGGCGCUAGAUUGAUUGAUUGAUUGAUUGAUUGAUCGAUCGACACGCGGGCGUGCGCGCGCGGCGGCCAUGGGUUCUUGCGUGUCGACGACGAGGCGGCGGCAGAGGUCGAGGAAGCUCUCGGCCACGGCCAGGAAGCUCCGCCAGAAGAUCAUACGUGGUUCCGGCUUCGCGGCGCGCCACGGGGUCGUCCAUGUCGACGCGACGGCGCCGGCGUCGGCGUCGGGCGUGACGCUCCACCUCACGCAGCUGCAGUGGCAGCACAGCCAGAUGGACGCAGGAAAUGUGAUCUGCGACGAAGCGUGGUACGAUUCCGUCAGCAUGCUGGACGGCUCGGCCUACGACGACGAUGUCGACGACGACGAUCUCGACAACGAUUACGCCAGCGUCAGCGGAGAUCCUCUCCCGGAUGUCGCCGGCGUCACCAACGGGUCGCCGUGCAAAGACACGGCGUGCUUGGCGGACACCGUUCGCCGCCUCGGGAACAUCGCGGACGCGGAGAAUAACGAGGAUUCGGAUGCUGGUGCUGGUGGCCUGAGAGAAUCGCAGAGCGCGACGUUGUGCUCGCCCCGGCCUUUCCCGGGCUCUGUCCCGAGCAACAAGGUGCAGCCGAUGCCGGUCGCCGGGUUCAGCCCACACCAUCAGAGGAAGAAAUCGGCCGUCGUCAAGCUGUCGUACCGGAGGAGGUCCUACGAGGGCGAUGAAAUGACCGAGAUGAGCGGAUCGGCCAACUACUUGUACCGGCCGAGAGCGGGCUUGACGCUGCCGUGUUCUACCGGCGAGAAGCUACAGGAGGGCUGCUGGUCGGACCUUCAGCCAUCGGUGUUCAGAGUCAGAGGAGAGAGCUUCUUCAAGGACAAGAGGAAAUCCCCAGCUCCAGACUGCUCCCCCUACACUCCCAUCGGAGCAGACAUGUUUGCCUGCACAAGGAAGGUUCACCACAUCGCGCAGCACAUCGCGCUUCCGUCGCUCAAGCCCCACGACGCCUUCCCUUCGCUUCUCAUUGUGAACAUUCAGUUGCCUACCUAUCCUACUACCCUCUUCGGAGACAAUGACGGCGACGGGAUAAGCCUAGUUCUGUAUUUCAAGAUAUCGGACAGUUUCGAUAAGGAGAUCCCUCCUCAAUUGAAGGAUGGCAUCACGAGGCUUAUGAAUGAUGAAAUGGAAAGGGUUAAGGGGUUCCCAGUAGACAACAAUGUGCCCUACACAGAGAGGCUGAAAAUUCUUGCCGGUAUUGUAAACCCUGAGGACCUGCAGCUUAGCGCAACUGAGAGGAAGCUUGUGCAAACGUACAACCAGAAGCCAGUGCUAUCAAGGCCCCAACACAAAUUCUACAAGGGUUCAAACUACUUCGAGAUCGAUAUCGAUGUGCACCGGUUCAGCUACAUAUCGCGAAAAGGCCUCGAGACCUUCCGAGAGCGACUGAAACAUGGUGUCAUUGAUCUUGGGCUAACCAUUCAGGCGCAGAAGGCUGAAGAGCUACCUGAGCAUGUGCUGUGCUGCAUGAGGCUGAACAAGUUGGAUUUUGCUGACAACGGGCAAAUACCGACGCUUAUCACGUCCAGCGAUGAAUAAAACUGGAAAAGUGUACGACUAACUUUGAGAGAGAAAGAGAGAAGUUGUAUAUAUCGGGAGAUAGUUGUAGGGACUAACACGAAUUUAUUCAGUGUACAGAUCUUGCAAAUAAUUGUAAUUUGUAGCAAUCAUUCAACUCUAAGGUUGUUCAAAUGGUUCGAUACUUCCUGCUUA